AAACAAAUUAGACAGAAAGUGUAAUAUAACACGUCCGUAAUCGUACUUUGAAUGAAUUUUGAUUAAAGUAUUUUCUCAAGAAUUUUUUUUUAUUAGUAUUUGACUUUGUACACCCCCCUCUAAAAAUCAUUGGUUGUGCCCAUGUUUUGGAACAAAUAAUUUUGUUACGCACGGGUGAUUUUAGUAAUAAUUAAAACGUACAACUUGGCUUUAAAAAAAAAAUAGAUUUUAUGAAAUGGGAAAUAAAUCACACCAUCUCAUAACUAAAUUAUCAACCUAAGCAUAAUAUCGAAUUUAUUUAGUAAGAAAAACAUUUUUCAUACUAAUAAGAACACCCCUUUUUAAGAAAAUAGUCCAUGCCUGCAACCUGCCACUUCCUUGUUUUAAAUAAAAGUUUACUCGGAAAGUUUAGUGCUGCAAUUUUUAAAAUUUCUUUAACUUCUCGAGGAAGCGGGUUGGGUUAUUAAGUAUAUUUUCUUAUUUUGGGUUCGUUUCGUUUCGGGUUAUUAUUAGUUGAUGCCGAUCCUGGAAAAAGACUGUUUCAAAGAAUGUGUUCCGCAGACGAAGAUAUCAGGAGCAAGUUUCCACUUCAUGCCAUGGUCUGGGAAAACGACUACAGAAAUUUGGAGAAACAGUUAGGCAAGCACAAUAUAGAGGAGGUUGACCCACGGGGUCGGACGCCCCUGCACCUCGCUGUGUCCUUGGGGCAUUUGGAGUCUGUCAGGGUCCUUCUGAGGCACAGCGCUGAGGUAACCAAAGAGAACUCCAAAGGAUGGACGGUGCUGCAGGAGGCGGUGAGCACUGGGGACCCAGAGAUGGUGCAGCUGGUUCUGCAGAGACGGGACUACCUCAAAGCAUCAACCGCCCUUGGAGGGGUGCCAGAACUGCUGUGCAAGAUCCGGGAGUCUCCAGAUUUCUACAUGGAAAUGAAGUGGGAGUUCACAAGUUGGAUCCCUCUGGUCUCCCGGGUGUGCCCCAGUGACGUGUGUCGGAUCUGGAAGAAGGGCGCUAGCCUGCGGGUGGAUGCCACCCUGUUGGCGUUCGAGAACAUGAGCUGGAUCAGGGGCCGGCGCAGCUACAUUUUCAGAGGGGACGAUAAUUGUGCCGAGCUGAUGGAGGUGAAUCACGACGAGGAAGUCGUGGACACUGAGCGCUUCGAUAUCUCCCGGGAGAUGGAGGUCGUCACGCUGGACUCCAUGCAGCCCGCCGAGCAGGAAGUGGCCAAGCGGCUGACCACGCCCAUCGUCAACACAUACCUGGACACACGGCACAUUGCGUUCGAGAGAAAUAAGUCAGGGAUCUGGGGCUGGAGGAGUGACAAAACAGAGACUAUCAAUGGAUUCGAAGCCAAGGUGUUCACCGUGAACAACGUCAAUGUGGUGAUUCGGACGAGGACAGAGCACCUCACUGAGGAGGAGAAAGCAAGGAUCAAAGAUCAGAGGAACCUUCUGGAGUCUCUGCUGGGCACAGUGGAGCAGCAUGUUAGCGCACAAGGGGACCUAACCAUGGAAUUCGCAACAGCAACCAACCCCACAGCUAUAACCCCAGAGGAAUAUUUCAACCCCGACUUCGAUCUCCAGGACCGAGACAUCGGACGGCCCAUCGAGCUUACCAUCAGAACUCAAAAGUUCAAAGCCACCCUGUGGAUGAGCGAGGAGCACCCCCUGUCUCUGGUGGAGCAGGUGACCCCGAUCAUUGACCUGAUGGCUCGGACCAGCUCUCACUUCGCCCGCUUGAAGGACUUCGUAACCCUGAAAUUCCCCCCGGGCUUCCCAGUCAAGAUUGAGAUCCCACUCUUCCACGUCCUGAACGCUCGGAUCACGUUUGGGAACGUGAACAAGUGCAGCACCGGAGAGCCGUCUGAAUCCACUCCUUCCACUCCAUCCCCAACCGAAGCCCAGGAAGAGGGAGACUCUGCAGCUCCGGCUAGCACUGUGUUCCAGGUGUGCCCCACUGUGUUUGAGGUGCCAGCGCGGUACCGCCGACGGGGGGGCAGCAGGGCAGCGCCCGUCCCAAACCACGAUGAGGAGCUGCUGCAGUAUGCUAUCCAGCAGAGUCUGCUGGACUCUAGCAAUGCAGCAGCCGGCCAGGAGACCUCCUGGGGUGAUACGAAUGGGAUGCUUUCACAGACGACGUUCAACAGCCAGUAUGAAAGGACAGUCCAGGAGAGCCGGCUGACGGACCUGCCCGUUGCGGGACGUCCCGCCAGCAUGGGGCCAGCACCCAAUUCCGUUUCGGAGCUGAAGUACGCCAUGGAGCUGUCGGCACGUGCCCAAGAGGAGGAGGAGAGGAUGAGGAAGGAGGAAGAGGAGGAGCUGGAGAGAAUCUUGCUGCUCUCACUAACUGAGAAAUAAA